AUGCUUGAUGCUGAUAAUAUUUUCCUUAGAAAACCUGAUGAGCUGUUCCAAUGUGGACGACUCUGUGCAGUCUUCAUCAACCCCUACAUCUUCCAUGCUAGCCUCUUUGUGUUACAGCCAUCCUUGGAAGUGUUUAAGGACAUGCUUCAUCAGUUGGAAAUUGGGAAAGAAAACCUAGAUGGUGCAGACCGAGGUUUUAUUAGCGGCUACUUCCUGGACUUGCUUGAUAUGCCAAUAAAUGCAACGAAGCUUCUUACUGACAAUGGCCAUGGAAAAGACUGGUUGGAAAAGUAG